AUGGAGGUGGUACCGGCCGGAGACGAACGACCCAACUUUCCACUUAACACGGCCGUUAAUCUUGAAAACCAUAAAGAUAGCUCCGUUAGACUUGUCCUGGUUCAAGGCCAUACCAUUAUACGGCGCCACAGGCACGUCGUUACCGUAAACAAAAGGCGACCAGAUGUUUACGUCCUUGUGGCCCUGAUACACAGGUGGUAUGACUGUGUAGUAGGUAAUUUGCUGGCUGUGGUAGGAGGCGUACACGUCCAGUUUGUCGUAAUAAAUGCCGAUUCUGGAGUUGGGGUUGCGGGAGUUGAUGGUGAUUUGGACGGUGGUGGAAAUGAUAUUGGGGGCGGAGACGAUGGCCCAGACGAGGAGGAUGAUAAAGAGAAUGAUGAAGGUGAAGAUAAGGAAGCAGGCAAAGCACCGCCAGAUGAUCUUCUUCCGCCUGCACUUGUGGUGGCAACAGUACUUCUCCGCCAUGUUUUGGUGGCUGCACUUCUCCGCCAUGGUUUGGUGGCUGCAUUUCUCCGCCAUGGUUUGGUGGCUGUGGUGGUGGUGGAGGGUGGAGUGUGGAGUUUGGCUGAAGGGUGGGUAGACGAGAUUUCUAGGAGGAAAUUGAGAACUGAUUGGCUUCACACUUCUUAUCUAUAUAUAUAG